UAUGUUGAGGAAUCUUCCUAGGUCCUGCAGUGGUGCAAUCAUAAUCGAGGAUGUUGCUCAAUUACCUUGGCCAUAAAUCACAAUUCUGACUUAUGCUCAAAUUUGUUCUGCCUCCUUACAGAUUCUCAAAUCCUCGUUUCAUUGUCGUGAUUGCUACCGCGGCAACUGGGAACAACCGCCGGCUGCCAGAUCUCCGGUCACUGGCGAACGGCGCAUCCCCCAGUUUAGCACAUCGAUUUGGGUUCCGGUAAAGAAGAACAGGCUAUUGACUGAGCUUUUAGAAAAAUAAUAAAACAAACAGCAGAGGAGGAGAGAUAGGGGAAGAUGCAGCAGAGAAAUUCGACAAUCGGAAGGCCUUCUGGGACAGAUGGCUCAGAUUACUCAUACCGCAUGGUUGUUGAUUCACGGUAUCAGCUGGUAGCAAGGGGGAAGAAACGCCUUUCUGUACUUCUACCUCUUCAGGCUUUGUUUCUAUUAAUGGCAGCGAUAUUUGCAGUCUUACCGGGAACAAAAGAGGAUGCUCUGAAUGAAGUUGCUGUUGGUUCAGCUGUUUGCGGUCUCAUUACUCUGAUCAUUGCCGAAUUCGGUCGAAGGCGAAGCAGGGCCAGCUUCUUGGGAAUUUAUCCUGUUACGUCAUCUAUAAUAAUGCUUCUGGCUGUGAUUCUUGCUAGGCGCCAUUCUCUAAUGAAGGUUCUACAGGAUUCCAGGUUUUGGCAAACAAAGAAGUUUGAUCUUAACGGCUUUCCUGUUCUUCAAGCUUGCUUGGUUGUAGAUGUAAGUGCAUUGGUGGUGCUUCAGUUCCUUAUCACCAAAACGAUCAUUCCCCUCAUGUCCAACAUGUCCCCUCCUAGAAAAGCCAAACCCUCUUAGCCUCUCAUCAGUGUUACUUGACUCUAGUUCGUACUUUUUCUUUUCUCUGUAUCAUAGAUUGGUCUGCAUUAUUUUCAAGAGAUUGAGAUAAGCCUUUUUUCUUCCCCCUGUAAUUUUAAUUUUUAGGAUCUAAUCAUGUGACCUGUCAAGAGAUGGUCAUAAAGCGGCUGUUAGGUCUGUAUUUCGAACUUUGCGGGUAGAAAAUGAAACUCGAGAUUUCAAUGCCUAAGCGGAUGCUAAAAGGUGAAGUAUGAACAAGGCAAUUUAUCUUAUACAGCUUGUCUGGUGAGAGGAGAUUUUCCUAGUUUUGUCUAAA